CAUAAAUAUAUGUGUCAAUAGUCAGUUUGAACAGAAACUAAUCAAGAAAAUUACUUUUGUAAAAACGCCCACUUCCGAUUAUUAAAAAAGGGGGUUGUUACCUAAUCAAUCAAUGUACGGGUAAAUAUGAAUAUUUCAGCACUUCAGUUCCAACCACUUGAAGAAAUGGAAGAAGCGACAAUGCCUAUACUUCUUGUAGCUAAUUUUCUCGGCAUGGCACGCUUCUACAGCAUAAGUAAAGGAAAAAUAAUCAACUCCUUUUUCUACUAUUUUCGAUUGGCAAUUAUCCUUGCCGUUUACAUAAUCGUCCUUGUCCUGCGAGAAAUCUUAAAAACGCCACUAACGUCUAGCGGAUCUAUACCCACGAUUGUUGAAGUGAUGGACUUCUAUGGCAGAAUUCCUGUAACACUGAUGACGAUGGCCAUCUUAAACAUCUCUAACUGGCGUUUGCUGGAGUUCUACAAAGGUAUCUCCAACGUAAACUCGCAAUUCGUUAAGAUGGGUUUCAAACUGAGAUACAACAAUUACAGAAGCCAAGUAAGGAUCAUGUUAUUUUUGGUUCUCGUAAAACUGGUGCUGCAGCAGUUAGCUUUCGCCUUCGGUAGAUUCGACUACUCUACACUGGUUCACUACGCUGUCGACAAUAUCAAUUUUGUAUUGCUGCACCUGACCAAUAUGAUUUGGGCAUCAACGGUUCUCUUGCUUAAAGAGAAUUUCGCAUUUUUGAACGACGUCCUGAGAACCUUGAUGUACAGACAGUGCUGGGUGAUCGAUGACUACGUGAAAAUCGAGCGACCACCAAUCGUCAAUCUGUUGAAACGAUGCGCAAAACUGUACGACCGGUUGAUCACGCUCAGUAAAACUCUGAAUUCAGUUUUCGCGUGGAUUCUGAUAAUGAAUAUUCCAAUGAUAUUUGUCGAAAUCAUUUACAACACCUUCAGCAUAUGUCAGAUGGCGCAAGGAUUGAAAAGUCUGAAUGCUCAAACCAUCAUCUUCGAUCUACUGUAUCUGAUUAGCUUCCUGGAAAUCACGAUCCCCUGCAUUUACGUAAAAGAGGAAGCCGACAAAUUUGUCGGUAGACUUAACAAAGUCGAUUUGAAUUUAGAAAACAGCAUCGAACUGGACAACUUGAUGAGCAACCUCACCUUGCAGAUUUACCACCAGAAGAUUGGACUUAGCGCUCACGGAAUAUUUCCGAUGGACGGCACCUUAGUAUACUCGUUCUUUGGUGCAAUAACAACGUAUCUGGUUAUUUUACUUCAAUUCGACCAUUAGAGUGCAAUUAGUUAUGUAAAAUUUCAAAGAAAUACAAAUAUGUAAAAGUAAUAA